AUGAAACACGCUGCAAAUACAUGUGUCAAGAAAGCGAAGAAAGCAUACGUAGAAGAGCUAUAUAAGAAAUUGGAAUCUCGUGAUGGAGAGCGCGAUAUAUACCGAAUAGCGCGAGGAAGGGCAGAGUCCGGAAAAGAUGUGAGACACUUCUACGAUGUGAAGGAGUUGUCGUCUACUACGAGCAUUGGCACAGCUAUCCCACCAGCUGACCCUGUGAAAGGACCAGUACCACGCAUAACGGCAGAAGAAGUAUGA